CGAUGCAUCGUUUGCAUACCUAGCUAGUAUCGUUUGAUCCUUCGUUUGAGCGUCACUUAUAUUGGGGUACUUUUGUGGAAUAUUUGAGGUUCAAGGCCUAAAAAGUUAUAAAAAUCCCAAGAAUCAAUCAUCUCGCAUUAUGUCCGCAAAACGUAAAUCUGGUGGAAACGGAGCAGGACCGAACAAGCGUCAUUCCAAGAAGCAAAAUGAUUUUGAAGAAGUUCUAAGUGAUGCUUCGAGUGAUGAAGGCCAAUCUACCUCUAACCAAGUUGAAGUUUUAAUACCUAAUGAUAAUCUAGAACCGCCCAGCAAGCUCCCAGAAGAAUUACUGACAUCUUUUGAUAAAACGCCGGGACAAAUGCUCAUUGCUGGAAUGGUCACAUGGGAUUUGACCGGGAAACGAGAUCGGAAAAAUGUAGUGAAAGUUCGACCAAAUCUAUUUAAUUUUCACCGAUUUACUGAUGAAAAGUACCGAUAUUGCGCAAGUGGCCCUAGCUCUGCGCAUACGCUUCUUAUUAAUAUGGGUCGUAAGGCAAUUGCUUUUGGGCGCAAUCCAUCAGGUCAGUUGGGCUUGCCUGAUGUGAAGAUAUGUGAACGGCCUACUAUGAUACCAGGGUUGGAAAAAUUUAAUAUCGUGGAGGUGGCAUGUGGUCGUCAUCAUUCCCUUUUUUUGACUGAUACAGGUACUGUUUACGCUUGUGGAGAAAAUAAGUCUGGUCAAUGUGGUAUUGGUAACACUCAGCCAGUAGUAAACAUACCAACACCGAUAAACUACCGUGGUCCGCCAAUUAUUCGUAUUGGAUGCGGCGCGGAAUUUUCAGCGAUUCUUGAUAUCAAAGGUAAUCUGCACACAUUUGGAUUACCUGAAUAUGGUCAGCUGGGUCAUAAUACAGAUGCAAAGUACUUUGUCAACGCCAACAAAUUAUCCUUCCACUUUGAAACUUCGCCUAAAAAAGUUCUUCUUUACAUAGAAAAAAAUAAGGAAGGACAUGUAACACCUGUGGACAAUGUUCAAAUUGUGGAUUUUGCGUGUGGUAAUAAUCAUACGGUUGCAGUUGAUUCAAAGAAGCGUGUGUAUAGUUGGGGAUUCGGUGGCUUUGGGCGUUUAGGUCAUGCUGAGCCAAAGGAUGAAAUGGUACCCCGUUUAAUAAAAUUUUUUGACACUCAAGGACGAGGUGCACGAAACGUAUAUUGUGGAGCAACUUUUAGUCUCAUUGUCAAUGAACUCGGAGUUCUUUUCCUAUUUGGCCAGAACAAAAAAACGGGAGAAGCAAAUAUGUAUCCAAAACCAGUGCAGGAUUUGUCGGGUUGGAAUAUAACCGAUAUCGGAUGCGGAAAUACUUCUAUUAUUAUAUCAGCGGAUGAUACUCUAAUCGCCUGGGGCGCUUCGCCUACCUAUGGAGAACUAGGUAUAGGCGAGUUUCAAAAGUCUUCCACUGUUCCUAAGGAAGUUCCCAAAAUGGAUAAUAUAAAAAUACCUCAGGUCGCAAUGGGCUACUCUCAUACUGUUUUGCUCGUGGAUACUGAUAACGAGUCGACAAAACAAAAAUACGAGAAACUGCCGGAAUAUACCAUCGAUGAUUGAAAAGCCUAAAUUCGAAUGUAGUUUGACCUCCAUACUCCCCAUUCAGCAUUUAUUAUAGAAGAAAAAGCAUGAGUUGUAAGUUUAAAAAGAUAAUUACUGAGUUGUAAGCUUAAAAGAUAAUUUUAUACACAUAUUUAUAAAACAACAUUUACAUUUGUACUUUUUUAUGUUUUUACGUAUAAUUUCUUGCAUAUUUAGUAUCAUUACAACCUUAAAAAAUA